CCAGAUAAUUCAUUUAGGGGUGGGAAUAACACCAGAGUAACCGCAAGUUAUUCUGUCCAGUUUGGUGCUAGCCCGCCUUCAAUGAUUUGAAUUCAUUCAUCGCGGGACUCAGGAUGGAGGUGCAGCAAGAACUACUGGAAGAACAACAACCAGAACCACAGAAAGAACCAUUUCAAGAGGAUCAGCAAGAACUGGAAUAUAAAAAACAAAAUGACCAAGGUGACUUCAGGCGCCGGUUGCGGGACAGGGACCUUCUCAAGAAGAGAAAAGCUGAAGCAGAGGAGAAGGAGACUGAUGAAUGGGAUUUUGGGACGGAGAGUCCACAGAAAAGAGGGAGGAGUGGGGCCAAAAGAGGUAGGAGAAGAGGAAGACCGCGGAAAACAGAACCAAACGUGAUCGGUGAUUCAAAGAAUGAAAGUAUUCUGGAUCAGGAUGCCCCGGCAUUAGUGACAGAGGCUGUCCUGAUCCAAACACCAGUCUCUCUGGAAGCACAAGUUUCUGAUGCUACUGGGGCUGUCUUUGAAGAACUUAAACCAACACCCCAAGCUCCUGUCACUGCCUUAGGUCCCGCUGUGGACAUACCUCCCAUUUCGGUCCAAGAUGAUGCCCCGACUGCAGCCUCUGCUUCUGUUCCAUUGCUCCCAGUCAUCCAAGGACCCAUGUACACAGAGCCACAAAGUAAGCCUGCACUAGACCAGGUUCUGAUUGAAGACUUGGGUCCUGACGAGGAGGAAGACCUUUGUCCAUCACAGGACCAACAAGCUGAUGAAGGUUGCAGUGGGGAACCAGUAGAACCUACAUUUCUCUCACACCCCACAUUGUCAUCCCCACCUGCACCUCAACAGGAAUAUGUGCCAGGAAAUUCAUUUUAAUUCACUUUUCUUUUUAAAGUUACUUUUGUAAAGAAUGUCUGAUAAUAUCCAUGUGAACACCACUUUGAUAUUUACGUUGAUGCUGACUACUGCUUUGCUUAUUUAAAUAUGGAUUUUAUACAAACCUUUUGAUUUAUUUAUUCUAGGUUUGUCUUGACUUUUUGUUUCAUAUAUUAAAAAGGCUCUUUUAUUUUGGUUGCUUUUGUUUAAUAGCUCAUGAUUAAUUAUGAAAACAUAGUUGUUAAAAAGUUAUCUUUGAUUAACUAAAUAAAGUGCCCUGCAUGCUUAUAUUUAUAAUC